AUGCAUUUGGGAUUGUUGCCUCAAGAACGCUUGACAUUCGAUCCUCUCAAACCGAUCAUUCUUCGUGGACCUCCAACUGAGGACGGAACUUCGGUCUUUUCCGGCAAUGUGCUCUUAUCGUUGGCUCGUAAUACCAAAGUCAGUAGUAUUUCCGUCACCUUGAAAUGUACAGCCACCACAUACUGGCCCGAAGGCAUCGGCGCACGUGGCACUCGUCUCAGUCAUGAAAAGGUCUUGAGCGAACAGACAGUCCAAGUAUUAUCUUUCAAGGAUGACAAAAAGAAAGGUUAUACAAAACUCCCACCGGGCAUUCAUCGCUUUGCCUUUGUUUUUGUGAUACCCAACUCCAUUGUGGAAACUAUUGAGGACGUCUAUGGCCGAGUAAGACAUACAGUGGAAGCUCGGACAGUCGGACCUGGCGUGCCUCUGUUGAACAAUUGGCAUACCACCAAACAGGUCCUGGUGCUCCGUGCUUACAUGUCCAAUUCGUUGUUGACCAACAACUCGCUGGAAGACUUGUCACGUACGUUUGAGAAACAUGUGGUGACAGGCGAUGUACAAGUGGUCGUGGAAGCCGUCGCGUUUUCGUCCGGGGAUAUUUUCCAUCUGCGAUGUGUGAUCCAACCGCAUCGGAAAAGAGCCCGUCUGGAACACAUGGAACUUUUUAUUACCGAACAUCGCCGUUACAACGUUCCAGAAGUGCGAGCCCAUCGUUCAGAGUCCGAUCAUUUCCCCUUAACAUAUAUUGGUUCGAGUUGCAUCGUCGACGGAGAGAUCAGUCGAGAUACUACUGAAGAACUACGUCCCGUGUUCAGCAAACAUAAUCACGGAAUUGAAUUGACCGAUACCAUGGCCUACCGUAUCACUUUUGCCACCCCAACGUGUAUGCGGAAUAUCCACCACACCACUUACUACAAAGAAAUCCUUUUCCGACAUCAUCUGGCCAUCAAUCUCGUUGUUUCUUACGUCGACGAUACCUACAAAUCCAACACACCGUCCCCUUCCAGUUCAACUACUGAUCUCUCCCCGCCUUUGAGUCCUCAUGAAUCCACAGUCACAUUGUCUUCCGGUUCCAGCCACGGUCAAGUUCAAAGUCACAGCAAUGGUGCUGAGCGACCAUCCAUGGGGCACACCGGGUCGAGUCAUUCCAAUGCGCGAUGGUUGGCUCGUUUACGUAAAACAAAGGCGGAUAAAGAUUUUGAUGAUACGUUGGGACAUCGUCUACGGGAAAAAAUUCAGCUGGAGACCUUAGUGACGGUAUUUGAUUGCCGACUAAAGGAGGAUUUUGGAAGACUUCCAUCUUACUUUGAACUCGGUGUGACAAAGUCCGUGCCAACGUGCGAUUCCAAGGAAAUGCACCACGUGGAUGACACCUUGAUGGGUUCAUCCUCCGCCGCCGUGGUUGCCACAUCGUCCCUGGAAAAUCACGUCUUUCUGUGCUCCUGUUUUCACGCUUUCCGGAAACAAAUGCAACUGGCUUCAGCAACCUUCUUUCUACCCGAUGACAAUGCCAUGAUACCACUCGACCGAAUUCCUUCCAAACCACCCCCAGAUUACGUUGACUCUUCCUAA